AUGUCCAUCGAAUACAUACAUCUUACAAAUCGUACUGAGGCCAUUCUUCCACAGAUCUUUCAAGACAUGAAGGCUGGUCAUAAGAAGCCGUCCAACACUGGAAUCGUCUCUUUGACCUUUUUGGUAUCUGUAUUCGUAUCGCAAGCGCAAGCUCAAACAUGCUACGACAUAAUUUUCGAAAGGGUGGGGUGUUACAAACAGACAAAUGGAGAGCGCCGUCCUAUGUCCGAUGCGCUCUUCACAGACCGUGACAAGUCUUCUAAGUUUUGGAGUGGUAUUAGAUACGCAUUCCAAGAAUUUAACAUCUACCUUCCAGACUUGGCUUGUAGAUGUGCAAAGGCAACAAAGAUAAAGGGAUAUGUUGCGUUUGGAUUGCAUAAUUAUGGAGAAUGCUAUUCGACCGAUGAUCAUGCACCAGCCUUUAGCGAGUCGUUCUUAAGUAGUCAAUGUGCCACGACAAACUUCGACAUCUGUCAGGACGAUUCAGGAAUUUGUGUGGGAGAGGAAAAAACAAUUUUUGUUUACAAAAUAACAGCAUCAGGUAAAAGUCGCAAGGCUAAGAAGAAAAAAUCAUGGCGAAAAGCUCUCAGUGAAAAAAUCAUGCAGAAGAAAGUUCUGAAAAUUGCCAAGUCUUCCAAGUCAAGCAUAAAGGAACUUGAAUGUACGUAGCAUUUAAAAGUAAAAUGUA